CGUUAGUGAGUAACAAAAGUUCAGGGGAACAUCCCGCUGGAGGAGUGGGGUGAGGACAUUUGAUGGGAGGUCGUGCGGGGUCCGUGUGCCCCGAGGAUGGAGAAUGAUUGGACAAGAGUGGUCAAUUGAAGACCCUGAAAAAUACCCUAUUAGUCCACUGUUCCACUGCUCCACUUUCCACUGUUACUCAACUAGGUGCACUACUGCAAGCAAGGAGACAAGGAGACAAGCCGACAAGGAAACAUCUUCACCGCAAAAAUGGAGACACGCAAUUCUGUCUCCUCUCGAUUUUUUACUCUCAUGCCACCUUGAGAGGUCUCCUUUUUCUUUUUUUUCUCUUAUUUCUCUAACUGGGAGGAGAUAAUAGGAAUACACCCCUGAGAUAAAAAUCAAGAGAGAAGGACAAGAUAAAAAAUGGCACCUUCGGCGGCUUCUACCACUACCAGCAGUGUCCCUGAAGCACCCAAGCUGCAGAAGACAAUACGUCUCAACGGUAAAGGUGGGGACGACAAGCAAGCUCAGGAUGCAUCUUCAGUCCUCCAGCGAGAUCCGAUCGAGGUUAAAUAUCGCGACUUCUUUUGGACUUAUACUGAAGAACCACACCGGACAAGACGCUUGGCAAUCAUCAAGGCACAUCCCGAAGUGACCAAACUCUGCGGUCCCGAGCCUCUCACCAAGUAUGUCGUCCUUGGCGUCGUCGCCUUACAAGUUCUAUGCGCCUACGUUCUCCGCAAUACGUCUUUCUUCUCGGCACCGUUUUGGCUACUUGCCUAUGUCGUCGGUGCUACCGCCAACCAGAAUUUAUUCAUGGCUAUCCACGAAAUCAGUCACAACCUCGCUUUCCGUUCCCCGACCGCGAACCGACUCUUUGCCAUUAUUGCCAACCUACCUAUCGGCAUUCCCUAUAGCGCCUCGUUCCGUCCUUACCACUUGACUCAUCACAAGUCCCUCGGUGUCGACGGCCUGGAUACCGAUUUACCUACAAUGCUUGAAGCCAUCUUUCUCGAUUCGAUCUUGGGCAAGUCCUUCUUCUGUACCUUUCAGAUCUUCUUCUACGCCAUACGUCCCAUGUGUGUCUACCAGGUACCCUUCACUUGGGUUUCCGCCACCAACGUUGCCACCCAAUUAGCUUUCGAUAUGGUCAUCCUUAAGACUAUGGGCGUCCGCUCUCUACUAUACUUCCUGCUAUCUUCCUUCCUAGCUGGCAGUUUGCACCCCUUGGCCGGCCACUUUAUUGCCGAGCACUACGUAUACGAGACCGUUACGCCUACGCAGUCCGACCCGACAAACCGAAUCCCCGUACCGGAGACGUAUUCGUACUAUGGCCCCCUCAACUUCCUAGUGUAUAACGUCGGUUUGCACAACGAGCACCACGACUUCCCUGCUGUCCCCUGGACUAGACUUCCCCAGCUCAACAAGAUAGCCCACGAAUUUUACAAUGAUCUACCUCACCACCGCAGCUGGACUUACGUAAUCUGGCGCUUCAUCUUCGACGAGAGCGUGGGUAUCCGAUGCAGAGUAAAGCGUAAGGAGGGUGGGAGAUUAGUAGGCCAGAAAACUGCAUGGAAGGAAACCGAAAUCGAAGCCUAGACGAAAUGAAAACGGGAUAUACGUGUAUUCUUCGCGUAAUCUUUGAUCAUAUGGAAAGUAGUGUAUAUAAUUAAUGCUUAGUGGGUGUCUAAUCAGGGUUACGGUUUGGCGUUUGGCCCAUGGGUUAGAAAUGGAAUCGAUUCGGAAACAGUGUUUCCUAGCCAACUCCCAUAAGUCUAAUAUUAUAUCUUAGAGGGUAGCAGUCAUCAUUCUAGCCAACAUACUAGUGGGACAGCACGAUACGCAGAGAACAGCGUAGCCAAGGACGAGUCCUUAGGGAGCCAUCA